AUGUUUGGGGGCCGUCUGCUACUCGAUUUGCACCUGCUUACUGUAUUUCGGCGCCGACACGAUUUCCAAUGGGCACGCAGAGAAGUCUUGAUCUCCACCAAAAGACUGGUCAUUGCUUUUGCUAGCAUGAUAGUACUUGAACACUUGGGUGUCCCUGUUGUAACCUAUGUCAAGCCAAUUGCUGUGGUCAUUUUGCAUAUGUCUGGAGCUCUGGCAUUCCUGCUGCCAGCGUCCUAUGCCCUUGCCUUUGAUAAGAUCAAGACUAUUCGUGAGUAA